AAUGAGAAUCUUGAUUCCCCUCUGUAGCAGUACGGGUACAUGUACAACCCUUCCCAACAAACACCUCAUCAUCCUUCUCCAGUAUUCCCGAUACCAUUUCUAUUCAGUGAUCACUAUUCUCUCUCCUACAAAAACAAAAUUCCUACAAAUCAUACAUGAUCCAGGAAGACCAAACUCCCCUAUCCAACUUGACCAAAACAGCUAUACAUAUAUCUUCCAAGUACCCUACGUCUCUAUCUCUCUAACACAAAAGCCUCCUCCAUACUCACCAAAACCCAUCCAUCCUUCCAUCCACCCAUACUUCCCAGCAUCUCUCACCGACCUAUACACCAUCUCCCUCGCCCCCCUCCCCUCCCAAAAGAAACCCCCCACCGGUCUCUAA